AUGAGAACUAAUCAGGGAUCUAAUAAUGAUCUUCUUAAUAGAAACAAUCAAGCAAGAAGAGACAUAGAUCAAUUGAUCAGUACCUCGCCUAAUGGAUGGAAAGAUCCUACUGUCUAAAAUACUUAAGGAUAUGUUUCGAGAGAAAAAUAUAAUAAACUCAAAGAUCUCAACUCUAAAUUGAAAGUACAGCAUCUACUAAUUUGUAGUCUACAUUAAAAGAGUAUAUUCAAGACACCAAGGACAAAGAAAGAUUAUUACAAAUGAAAGAAGAACAAUUAAUUAAGUAUGAGAAAGAAAGAGUCGACUCCUAAAGUAAAGGCAAUGAAGAACUCAAAACAUAGCUAAAUGAUUUAAAAAUUAAAUUGUAAAAGAAAAAGACUAAAAUCAGGUUACUUAAGGAAUAAUCAAAGACCAUUGAUUCUCGAUUCGUCGAUAAGAAAUCCAAUUAUUAAGUCGAAUUGGAUAGAGUGUAACGUAUGUAUGAUUCCUAAUAAAAUGAAAUGUAACUAUUUUGAUGAUCAUUUAGAAAAGAACAAGAAAAAAGGUAUUUGAUUUUAAAGGAUGAAAAUAAUAUAUUAAAACAAGCUUUAUAAUCAAAAGAAGAUUAAAUAAGAUAUUAUGAAAUGGGUGCUCAAGAGGAUAGAUAACAUUUGCAAUUAUUGGAAUCAAAAAUUAAAGAAUUAUAAGAAGAAAAGAAAAUAUUAUAAAUAGCUAUUGACAAUUAAACAUCUAAAAUUGAUGAAACAGAAAAGUUCAUUAAGUUAAAUGAUUCACGUCAUUAAUAAGAAAUCAUUAAAAUUGAAUCAGAGAAACAACAACUUCAGAAUGAAUAUCUUUCAUAAAUUACUCAAAAAAAAGACAAAGGCAAAUCUUUAUAACAUCAAAUCUAAUUAUUGGAAUAAUAACUAGCUCAAUAAAAAAAAGAAGAACUAUAAUUUAAUAAAAUAAUUUAAGAAUAAAAACAAGAUUACUUAAAGUUGCAAUCAUAACUUGAAGAUUAAAAAUAUAAGACUGACUAAGCCUUAAAAGAAACAAACUUUAAAGUUUAAGAAGCUAAGGAAUUGAAAUAGAAGUUCGAAUCUCAAAAAUCUAUAGUCUAAACUUAUGAGGAUAAAUUAGCUUAAUAUGAUAUCUAAUAUUAAUUGGAUUAAAAUGAAAAAUAAUAGAUGUUAUUUGAUAUUGAUCAAAUUGAUUAAGAAAAUAAGAAGUUAUAGCACCUACUCUAUGAAUCUGAUAAAGAUAUUUCAUACCUAAAAUAAUAACAUGAAGAUGUAAUCAAAUAUAAAUAUCUCUAGGAUUUACUAUAAAUAGAAAGAAAAAUAGAAUCUUUAAUUCGUUAAUUAAAUGAGUCUAAAGAGGAGAUACAAGAAUAGAAAAAAUUAAUUUAAGAAUUGAAAAAACAAGUAAUAUCUAGCGAUGAAUAAGCAAAUGCUUUUAAAAACAAAUAUUUAAAGGUUAAAUAAAACUAAAAAACAUUAUAAUCAGAAUAAAAAUACGUAAUCAUAAAUUUCAUAAUACUUUUAGUUAGAGGAGAAAGUCAAAUUGAUGGAAAAUGAAAGAAUUUUUGAAGAAAAAGAAGCCUUAAAAACAAAAGAUUAUGCCAUAUAAUAGAGAUCAGUCUAGUAAAGCAAAGUCAGAGUACUUGAUGAAAUCUAAAGCAUGAUCAAACAACAUAAAAAAAUUACAAGUUGAUGAAUCUAAUAUAAUAUACNGAUUUAAAAAUUAAAUUGUAAAAGAAAAAGACUAAAAUCAGGUUACUUAAGGAAUAAUCAAAGACCAUUGAUUCUCGAUUCGUCGAUAAGAAAUCCAAUUAUUAAGUCGAAUUGGAUAGAGUGUAACGUAUGUAUGAUUCCUAAUAAAAUGAAAUGUAACUAUUUUGAUGAUCAUUUAGAAAAGAACAAGAAAAAAGGUAUUUGAUUUUAAAGGAUGAAAAUAAUAUAUUAAAACAAGCUUUAUAAUCAAAAGAAGAUUAAAUAAGAUAUUAUGAAAUGGGUGCUCAAGAGGAUAGAUAACAUUUGCAAUUAUUGGAAUCAAAAAUUAAAGAAUUAUAAGAAGAAAAGAAAAUAUUAUAAAUAGCUAUUGACAAUUAAACAUCUAAAAUUGAUGAAACAGAAAAGUUCAUUAAGUUAAAUGAUUCACGUCAUUAAUAAGAAAUCAUUAAAAUUGAAUCAGAGAAACAACAACUUCAGAAUGAAUAUCUUUCAUAAAUUACUCAAAAAAAAGACAAAGGCAAAUCUUUAUAACAUCAAAUCUAAUUAUUGGAAUAAUAACUAGCUCAAUAAAAAAAAGAAGAACUAUAAUUUAAUAAAAUAAUUUAAGAAUAAAAACAAGAUUACUUAAAGUUGCAAUCAUAACUUGAAGAUUAAAAAUAUAAGACUGACUAAGCCUUAAAAGAAACAAACUUUAAAGUUUAAGAAGCUAAGGAAUUGAAAUAGAAGUUCGAAUCUCAAAAAUCUAUAGUCUAAACUUAUGAGGAUAAAUUAGCUUAAUAUGAUAUCUAAUAUUAAUUGGAUUAAAAUGAAAAAUAAUAGAUGUUAUUUGAUAUUGAUCAAAUUGAUUAAGAAAAUAAGAAGUUAUAGCACCUACUCUAUGAAUCUGAUAAAGAUAUUUCAUACCUAAAAUAAUAACAUGAAGAUGUAAUCAAAUAUAAAUAUCUCUAGGAUUUACUAUAAAUAGAAAGAAAAAUAGAAUCUUUAAUUCGUUAAUUAAAUGAGUCUAAAGAGGAGAUACAAGAAUAGAAAAAAUUAAUUUAAGAAUUGAAAAAACAAGUAAUAUCUAGCGAUGAAUAAGCAAAUGCUUUUAAAAACAAAUAUUUAAAGGUUAAAUAAAACUAAAAAACAUUAUAAUCAGAAUAAAAAUACGUAAUCAUAAAUUUCAUAAUACUUUUAGUUAGAGGAGAAAGUCAAAUUGAUGGAAAAUGAAAGAAUUUUUGAAGAAAAAGAAGCCUUAAAAACAAAAGAUUAUGCCAUAUAAUAGAGAUCAGUCUAGUAAAGCAAAGUCAGAGUACUUGAUGAAAUCUAAAGCAUGAUCAAACAACAUAAAAAAAUUACAAGUUGA